GCCAGCAACAGCUGCUCGUGAGGUCAUUUGUCGGCAUCCCGACGGCCCGCAACGACAAGUGAGAGCCCGGCGUGCCACUUUGGCCUGAGGCCUAACCUGCCUCUUUUGCGGGGAUGUGCGUUUGAACGGUCGAUAGUUAACAUCGAAACAACUAAAUAGUUAAAUAACUGCAUAACAUGAGGUGCUCGGUGCUUGUGGCGACGCUGCUUGCCGCCACGACGCUUUGGGCUGCGCCUGCGCUCGCGCAAAACGAGGCAACUCAGCCGCUGUACCAGCUGCAUGGGUCAGGAACUUCUAACCCUGCGCCGAUCAUCUGGAGGGUGAUGGACUUGAUGAUGGCGCGCACCAAGCCGCGUGUGGCCAUGUCGUACCGCUCUGUGGGCAGCGGCAGCGGCGCGGCGGACUUCUUGGCGGGCGCCAACGCCUUUGGCUGCGGCGAUGUGCCCCUGCCCAACUCCACCUACUUUGACCUGGUGGGUCGCGGUCAGACUGUGAUGCACGUGCCCUACCUCAUCGGCUCCGUAUCGGUCUUCCACAACGUGCCCGGCGUGGGAGACGGCCUGGUUCUGCCGCCCUGCACGCUGGCCCGCAUCAUGCGCGGCGACAUCACCGUCUGGAACCACCCCGACAUCCUGGCGAACAACACGCACCUGCCCGACCUGGCCACGGUCACCGCCCCCAUCCGGGUGGUGCACCGCAACCCCGGCAGCAGCAGCACCUACGCCAUAACCCACUACUUCAACAAGGCCUGCCCCUCCCAGUGGAGUGCUGUCGCCGGCUCGCCCGCCACCAAGACCGCCGACGUGGGCUCCAGCCGAACCGUGGGCGUCACCACAGAGUGGCCCGCAGACGCCGCCGGCCGCUGGCAGACCGUGCUCAACUCGCAGGAGAUGGUGGAGCAGAUCGCGGGCGUGCCGUUCUCGCUGGGCUACGUGGAGAGCGGGCAGGGCCUCAACGCAGGCCUGUCCGAGGUGGCCCUCCAGAACGCCAACGGCACCUCCCUGGUCUCCUCUGACUCGGACGUGGCGCCCCCCUCCUUCAUCGCCGAGCAGUUCCCCAUCAACAACCUCACCAGCGCAGACUGGGUGCAGGUCAACCCGGUGUACGCGUCCCCGAGCAACCCGCGCCAGUGGCCGCUGGUCCUGGGCACCUACUUCUAUGUGCGAGCCAACGCCACUUUCCUGGGGGACGCGGGCGGGCUGCUGCAGCUGUUCCUGAACUUCAUGCUGGGACCCGACGUGACCGCCCUCAUGCCGAGCUACUUCUUCGUGCCCUUUUCAACAAAUGACCGCGCCACCAUCGCGUCCGGCGUCACCUCCGCUCUGACCCUGGACCCCGCCUCCACCGUCAACUGGCGAUACGAGGGAGCCACCAACAACACCUUUGGCCAGCAAAACUUCGUAUUCAGCGCCCGGCGCGAUUCGUACCUCACCACCACGGUUUCCAGCCUGGCGCUGGAUGUGGCCGACGCCAAAAAGACGCUGAUGAUGGGCGACGCGUACCAGGACGACAACCCCGGCCUGACCCUGCCCGGCAACCCCAUCCGCCUCAUCACCGCCGGACCCGACGACACGGACGCACGCGCCGUGCUGGCCUACCUGUCAGACCCGGCCCUGGUGGGCGCCGGCUGCGGCGGGGCGGCGGCGGCGGCGGCGGGGGGGCUGGCCAUCCCCACGGCGGGUGUGGUGGACAACGCCGCUGUCGUCGAUGAGGUGGCGGCGGGCGCGCUGUACAGCGGCCUGGGCUUUGUGGCGGCAAGCGAGCUGGCGGCGGCGCCGGUGCUGUCGGGCGUGCAUGCCGCGGCCCUGCCCAGCCUCGUCAGCAACACAUUCGUCCGCCCCAACCAGACCGGCACCAUCCGUGACGCCGCCACCUGCCCCGCCUCCGGCUGCGGCGGCGCCGUCGCGGCCGCCUACUCCGCCGCCUUUGACGAGAUCCUGGCCGCCGCUCCUGCCGGCAGCCUGGGUGUGCCGGCGGCGGUCGACGGCGACUGGUCUAACUUCACCGCCCGCCCGCUGGGCGUGAAGCCCACCACUGACGUGUACCCCAUCUUCCGCCUGGACUUUUACGUCGCGCCCGCCGACCUGGUGCACUUUGGCGCGGCGGGCGAGGCGGCUCGCGGCCUGCUGGUGUACGGCCUCAGCGGAGACCUGGCGGCGCGCAUCAGCGGAGGCCUGGGCCCCGCCUUUGCAGGCCUGGGCCCGGCGGCGCGGCGGCUGGCGGCGGCGGCGCUGGCGGCGGUGCAGACGGCGGCGGCGGACGGCGGCAAGUGGGCAGUGGCGGCGUCGAGCGCCGCUGCGAACGCGAGCCAGCCCGCCACCACCUCCCCCGCGUUGGUGCUGAGCCGCCUGCCGCCGCUGGCGGACUCGGCGCUGCCCGCCAGCGACGCCGCCGUGUUCGCCGCCAGCAGCAGCGACAGCAGCUCCGCCGGCGACCUCAGCGGCACCGCGUACCAGGCGGCCGCGGAGGCGGUCCGCACCACCUGGGACAAGGCGUCUCUGGCGUACGACAUUGCGGUGGCGGCGCUGGUGCUGGCGUGCGUGCUGUCGGUGGCGGCGCUGGGCCUGGCCGUCUGGGCGCUGCAAAAGGUGCGGGCCGUGGAGGGCGCGGCCACGGCCGGCGGCGGCUGCUUCACACCGGCUGCCACCAAGUACGAGAAGCACACCGACGUGGCGCACCCGCCGCCGGGCCUGGCGGCGGGCGGACCCGCCACAACCGCGGUGGAGAUGGGAGCGUAUGACAAGAUCUAGCUCGAAAGGGGAUCUCAGUUGAGGAAAUUAAAAUAAGGCCCUGGAAUCGUCACAUUGUGGAGACGAGUGGAGGAUUCGUUUUUGGGGCGGACAGGGUGCUGCGCCCGGCGCCCAUCCCUGCCGCGUGUGUGUUCGUGUGUGUGGUGGUGGCUUCGAGGGCGUUGGACGCUUUGGCUGCUACACAGCAUUUCGCGUGUAUGAAACAAUGCAAACACGCCACACGCGAUGAGAACGGGACACGAUAAGGGGGUCCGGACAUGCCACGUGUGCUGCCAGCGCCGUGGUGGUGCGUGGGUGGGUGGUACAAUGCUUCGAACUCAACGAGUACUCCUAUCAGCGUGAGCAGGCGUUUCACGAGAUUUAGCCGUUGAUGCUGUCGGGAGCCUUCAAUGCGUUGCACCUAGUUGCAUACAUGGGCCCGACCAGCAGGACUGCAAGAGUUGAGGCGUUCGUGACUUGACGGCGCCCGGUGUGCGACUGCGGACUUGUUACGACGCUGCUUGCGUGAGUGGCUGCUUGUGGCUUGCGGUGCUCUCAAUCUCUGAUGCUUGGUUUUCCGGCCAGCCAAACGAUUGAAACGCUGCGUUGUCCGACGGCAAUGGGCAACGAGCUGGGCGCUGUAACGAGCGCAGAUGCAGCACUCUGGCCUCCUCAUUUUAGCCUGCCGUGCCUGCUCAAGGGUUUGGGCAUCUCAAACUCGACACCGGACGGUGGAGCUCCGGCUCCUGCUCCUGCUCGGCUCCUGCUUCGCAGCAAUGCGCAGUGCCCCGUGCUUCCAGCCGCCUCCUCGGCCUCCUUGGUCCCCUCCCCGAAGAGCUUUGCAGGCCGCGGCACUACCUUUCUCACGGGAUGAGAUGGCAUGGGUUCGACGGAGUGAGAUUGCACGCCCAGGCGGCUGAGAAGCACGUGCAGGCGCACGCUUCCCACGCAGCCUCCCUUUCCGCUCCUGUACAACGCAACCUGACUGCAGCGGGGACGCGAUGCAUGGACUGAGUCAGCGUCCCCGAGCCCCGGAUGACCCUGGCUGCCGCCCUGCCCGCCUUGUGGGUGGCGCCGGGGUGCAUGAGUACGCACCGGCGCACCUUGUAGACUCAGCAGGUCCCUCUUGUAACCAAUGCAAUCU